AUGUCAACCGAGAUUUCAGAACAAGAGUUUAACAUCACCCGCGACCCGGCACUCUUCCCAACCGAGUUGCUCGCGGCAAAAUGCGCGGCCAUCUACCUCGAGAUAGUGGACGUUAAUCGCUACCACACAUCCGAAACCGGAGCGUUCCCCCAGAACCAUGCGUCUCUGAAGAUCGACUUUGAAGACCCCAUCUUGGGAAUCAGAGGUCUGUGUCUUGAUGCCAAGCUCAGUGAGCUGGAGCCAUCACACGACAAGGAGCACAACCCCAUGGGAGCGGUCUGCAUCAAACCAGUGAGGUGGACUCACCAAUCACCGGGCUCACUGCGCACGUUGAAAAUCCGUUCCAAAUAUGGCUUCCUUUUCCGGGAAAUUUUCGACCUCAUUGUGAAGAAGAAAAUGACCUACUUCUCCUUCGUCUCCAUUGACCGCCAAUUCUUCGGGUGCCGAGACUUCAUAGCGCAGCUCCUCUCCGUACUUGAGGACGAGGGCCUUGUCGAGAGCGCUGUGGAUAAAGCUGAGGUCAAAGACAUGCCUGGCAUUGUUUCGGUGUACGAGGUUCUAGGGAGACGUUUCGGGCGGGGACGUGUUGAAUGGUGCCCUAUAUACAAGGGGGAGUUUUUGAUAUAUAAGCGUAUCAAUUUGGAAAAUAUCGAGUAUAGUCCAGCUGAGAAUUUGGAGUUGUAG